AUGGAAAAGAACCUGUUUGCCUGGAAUGCAUCUACCUUCGGGAAAAACAUCACCACACCAGUGACGAGGUUCUCUUUUGGACAUCGACGCCCUGACGGCUGCUCUAUGCAGAUGAACCUCUCGAACCCUAUCUCAUUUGAGUCUACUGAACAAUCAAGACGUCAGAAACGUGGCAUUCGUGAACGUGGCUUUAUUGGGACACAUUCAGCACUGGGGGACAUCAGCGUUGAGCAGAACAGCAACGUGACGACGGCUCUCCGUGCGUUUGACAUACCAGCUGAUUCCGCUGUCGUUGUGAUGCAGUUGUCUUGGUGGGAUCACGCCGCUGUCUUCCGUGUGUUCUUCCGGUACGAUACGCCUCCAACAGAGGAGCUGUAUGAUGACAUGGUGAUAGUUCAGGAAGAAGACAUUUUUCUGGCUUGGCAUCGAGGCACAAAGAGCACGCGAACAUUUACUCCAAAUAUCCAGAGACGGCGGGGGAGACUUUAUAUUUGGGUACAGAAAUCAGGAACCCCCACCUUUCUGCAAACUGCACCUUUUCCCAAAGAUUACGUACUUCAGGCAGCAACAGUGAGCUGUCUCAGCUGGGAUCAUACACUGGAGAAAUGGCAAGACGCCGACUGUGAGGUCCAUGUGGAUAUACCAGAUAGUUCCCUCACGUGUAGCUGCAACGUUCCUACACCGAAGGCUGCUAUUGCAAUUGGUGGCUCCGUGCACUUCCUUCCAAAUUCUAUUGAUUUAGACAGCAUCUUCAAAGAUCCGGAUAUCCUAAAUGACAACAAACUUGUUUUCUGCACGAUUAUCAUCGUGUGGGCUCUGUACUUCGUAUUGAUGAUUAUAUUCAACGUAGACUUUCAGCGUCUUCGAACAAAGGUAAAUCCAGCAAAUCCUGGCAGUACGAAGCUAUUACCACUGCUGUCCGUCCUCCCUCCGGACAGGAUGCCAGCCCCAUAUCUGUACCAGAUCACCGUCUCCACCGGCUCUAUGUUUGGUGCUGGCACGUCGGCCCGAAUUGGGUUUCAAAUAUUCGGAUCAAAGAGCAAAACCGCAGUCAAGAUGCUGAACCCGGGCGGAGAAUCCUUGCUACGGGGUGGUAUUUAUGACGUCAUCAUGCCCCUGAAGACGUCACUAGGACAUCUGGAGCUGCUGCAAAUCUGGCACGACAACACCGGUGUGGAUGAAGCUUCGUGGUUUCUGAGGCACAUCAUCGUUAAGGAUCUGCAAACAGAGGAAGUUUACCAGUUUAUCUGUUAUGACUGGCUGUCUGGAGACCGAGGUGACUUCCAGGUUCAGAAAGUUCUACACGUGGCGACCCGGGAACAGUUGGACUGCUUCAGUAGUCUGUUCCGAGAGAACACGGACGCCAUGUUCUACAAUCAGCAUUUGUGGACAUCUCCCUUUGUGUCACCUGAAGGAUCCAGCUUCACCAAGUCAGAACGCCUGUCCUGUUGCUGUGCUGUCUUCAGCAGCAUCAUGUUGUCCAACGCCAUGUGGCACAAAAGUGACGAGGGCUUCGUGACCGAGAACACCGUGUAUGAUCUGGGGUUUGUACAGAUCACCCUACAGGAGCUGUACGUCAGUCUCAUGACUGUCGUUAUGGUGUUACCGGUUGCCAUGGUGCCGGCUAAACUGUUCCGGAUGGAGAGAACAACCUCAAUAACGGCUCCGGGAAUUAGGCGUAGCUCCAACUAUGAGCGACUGUCCCGUUGGUCGAAGUGUAUGGCCUGGUUACUAGUGGCGUUGGUUUCCGUCGUCUCGUCGUUCUUUGUGAUCCUGUACAGUCUGGACUGGGGUAGAGAGAAGAGUGAGGCCUGGCUAAAGGCGUUCUUUGUUUCAUUUGGAUUGUCCAGCCUGGUCGCCGAGACUAGCCAGAUAUUGGUCUUGGCGACUGUUUUUGCCAUGAUUUGUAACCAGAGGUCCACCGACAAGCAGAAGACGUACAGUAUCAACAAAGAGGAACUCCACGUGCGCCUCUGGGGCAAGAAAGCUCCUAAGAAGGUAUACCCACCCAGUGCUGCAUCUGCAGAAAGGAUGAAAAUAAAAAACGAACAACGUCGGAAGUUCUUUCACGUGUUCAAGGAUUAUAUCCUCCUGUUCCUAUUUGCCGUGGUUCUGUUCUUCGUCAGCCAUCACAACAAAGACCCGUUUGCUUUCCACGCAUCGCAGACGCUGUCCGGCACCAUUCUAGAAGAUCACGACUCGAUCACCACUGCUGACGAGUUCUGGACCUGGACUGAGGACAUCCUCCUGCCUGUUUUGUACCCGUCGUUCUGGUACAAUGGGUGGAAGAUGAAGUACCUGGACCGACAGUUUCCACUUUAUACUGAAGCGUUCAAAAUCGGCCCGCCACUCCUCACUCAAGUCAGGGAGGAACCAGAUGCCAUGGCAACAGACCGCUCUCAAAAUGGAUGGAUGGUUGCAAAGGGAAAUGGUUCAUCAGCAUGUUGGCAGUUCAAUGUCACGGGUAUGAUGCCACCCAAUUCAGACUGUGCCUCAAAAUACUCCAUGGAGCUCCCGGACCUCCUAGGUUUGGCAAAAGCAGUAUUCUCCGACCUUCAGAGAAACGACUGGAUCGACAAAUACACAGACUAUCUGGUUCUGGAACUGUCUCUGUACUACCCGGCACAAAAACUGUUCAGCAGCCUGAGACUGACGGUAAAACAGGAAGAUAUCGGUCAUCUUUCUACAUCUGCAACUGUGGAAACAUACAGGCUGUUUCAGUACGAAAAUGCCUCUAAUGAUAUCGUCACUUUGAUCUCCUAUAUCAUUUUGCUGGUUUUGUUUGUGGCUAAUCUCGUCAAAGAAGUGAUCACCAUGAAGAAGGAGGGAAGGAAGUUCUUCAGAAAAAUGUGGAACAUCUUAGCCCUAGCAAGCAUAAUUGGAUCUGCAGCUGCCAUGUGCAUCUUUGGAAUAAGGUACCAAUCUGCAUCCGCAGCACUGAACACAUUGGUCGAGGCAACAGGUGAACUUGGAAUAGAUCAUUUUGUCGACUUAAGCCCAACUUUCUGGUGGGAUGAAAUCUUCAAGACCGUGUUGGCCAUGGUAGUGUUUAUUACUACACUGUCGCUACUCCAAGUCGUUCGCUUCAGCAAGACCGUCGCCAGUUUCAUCGCCCUGCCGGGUGUCAUGAAGAACGACUUGAUCGGCUUCUCAGUCAUCAGCACUAUAGCCUUCAUGGCGUUCAGCACUUCAGGUAAGAAUGAACUGAAAGAAAUCGAGGUUAAAGCAACGUUGCAAAUGAUCGAAGACUCUUUAAAUGAAACCUUGGACAUCACAAGUUCAAUUUGGCCAUACGACACAAAAGACGAUCCUUCGUCUUCAUCUGAUGUCAGAGAGCAAAUUGAAAGUCUCCUGAAGGCUCACAAAGAAGGCAUGGUCAGAUAUGUAGAAGCACAGAACGAGAACAAACGUCGAGUUGAAGCCACACUGAAGAGGAAACUGGCUGAGAGGAGGAAGAAAACACAGACGAAACCCGAUGAGGAGAAGAAGACCAUGGCUCAGAGUGCUCAAGAGCUGGUAGAACAACAUGCUGCCGACGAGAAACGGCUGGAACACCAACAGAUGAUGAACAGACGUCUGUUCCAGAGCAAACUUCGUCAGAAGAUGGCAGCGCGGCGCAUGUUUAAAAGAGAUGUAAAGUAAUAGGCUUUAUUGUGACUUGCAGUCUUGCGUCGUUAUUGUCGUUAA